AUGAUGCAAAAUUGGAUAUAUACACUGAUCUUCCGUGAGUCCAACCAUACAGGCCCAUUGCGGCUGAUUAAUGCCAAUGAUUUUCUGGGCAAACUUCCAUUGUUUUGGGAUGCUCGGUCUUCAGAGGCCCUUCUUAACGUCGUCGUUUCAAUUUUAGUGAUCGCAUUUAUUUCCUAUCAAGUGUUGUCACUUAUUUUUAUUUCGAAUAAAAAUGAUGACAAAGAUAUGUUCCCCGCAAAUCAUGCAAGAGAACGAAAAGAUAAAGGAUGUGGUGAUGAUUCCAGUAUUGCUGAUUUGCAUAAACACAUGUUCAAGGAAAAAGAGGUUCUCUACCAUAUUCCUUAUAUGCAUGAGAGGGAAAUGUUGCGAGCUUCACAGCACUUCUAUGAACAAAUGAAAAUGCGACGAAGUGUGCGAAGCUUCAGUUCGAAACGUGUUCCGUUGAAAAUAGUUCAGAAUCUCAUUAAAACUGCAGGCAAGGGUCCAAGUUGUUCUCCGAGCGCCGGAAAUGCUCAACCGUGGAAGUUUUGCGUUGUAGUUAGUGACGUAAGAAAAGCAGAAAUUCGAGCCUUGAUAGAGGCUGACGAAAAAGAAAAUCACAUUCGUCGACAUGGUGAAGGUUCCGAAUGGGUUAUGGGUGUAUCGCAAUUGGAACAGACAUGGACGAGGCCGUAUCUCACAGACGCACCGCUGCUACUGAUCGUAUGCCAUGAGAUAUUCACAACUGUUGAAAACAAAGAAAUUCGGCUCUUUCAAUACAACGAGUUGAGCACAGCUAUUUCUGUGGGAAUGCUCCUAUCAGCAAUCCAGUACGUCGGUCUCAGCACUGUUGUCACGUCUCCAUUAAAUGCUGGACCACAAAUUUCCCGGCUCCUUCGACGUCCGCAAAACGAAUGUGUGAUGUUGUUACUUCCAUUGGGAUACGCUGCAGCAGAUGCACUUGUGCCAGAUUUUAAGAGGAAACCCGUUGAAAGCAUCACGCAUUUGUAUUGA